AUGUCGGCCAACGGUACAACGCACAGCUGGACGUCGCUCCCUGACGCGAUGUCCAAGUCUGUUUCAUCACUUAACAAAAGACUUGACAGUGAUCCUCAGUGGCAAGCGUUCAUCGAUACAAAUGCCAUCAUAGAGCCUGUUACCAUGGGCAUAGCUACCGCGGGAGGUGAUGCUAUCAUGGUUCGGGUCGAGCCAAAUGCGAAAACUUCGGUGUCUACUGGACCCGCAGACAAGUCAGACUUCACGUUAGCAGCUAAGGCCGAACAAUGGGAAAAGUUCUUCGCAGCUGAUCCUAGGGCCCCCUUUACAUCUUUCGUCGGCCUACAAGGUAUGAACAUUAAGCAAGAGGGCGUUGGAGUUCAGGGGAACCAAACCAGGUUUGCUCAAUAUGGUCAUCUUGCGACCCGACUUCUCGAAAUGCUCCGCGAUGGCCUUCAUGGUCCGAUGGAGGAGUAUAAGCAUGAAGCAAUGCAUGAAGACCAUAUAGUGGGCAAAUAUGCUUACGUUGAUUGUCCUGUUUGGGGGCGCACCAAAAUCUUCUACGAGACAUCUGGCAACGGACCCCAACAGAUUGUUUUCUGCCACACUGCUGGUUCAGACUCUCGACAAUACCAUGGCGUAAUGAACCAUCCGGAAAUGAUGAAGCGAUGUACCAUGAUCGCGUUCGAUCUGCCAGCACAUGGUAGGUCGUUCCCGAAUGCCAACUAUAUCCCGGGCAACCAUACAAACAACGAAGAUGCGUAUGUUGGCACGAUCGCGGCUGUGAUCAAAACCCUCAAACUCAACAAACCAAUUGUAUGUGGUGCUAGCAUGGCUGGCCAGGUCUGCGUGGCCGUUGCCAUUCGCAACGAUGAGGUACAAUCAGGCGGUACUAUUCCAAUGCAGGGCUGUGACUACCUCACUAUGGAUCGUCAAUUCAAUGACAAAUCACCUGUUGUCAAUCAAGCCUUGUUCAAUCCUGACUGGAUUUAUGGCAUGAUGGCGCCGAAGUCACCCUAUGUGAACAAACAACUCAUAUGGCAUACGUAUUCUGGACAAGCUUAUGGUAUCUUCCAUGGCGAUCUUGACUUUUAUUUCGGAGGGUUUGAUGCUCGGGAUCGUGUCGAGCAGAUCGAUGUCAAAAAGUGCCCGAUCUAUUUCUUGACAGGCGAGUUCGAUUGGUCCACAACCCCUGAGAUGUCCAAGGCUACCGCCGACAAGAUCAAAGGCGCACGGUUUCAAGCCAUGAAAGAUCUGGGUCAUUUUCCAGCAACGGAGAACCCAUCCCUCUUCGUUCCAUAUCUGGUCGAGGCUAUUGACUGGAUUCAGAAGACCAGGGAGGAUUGA